GGCGGAGUUGGGGGUGCUGCGGGCGCGCAGUGUCUCCCAGCCGGGGCUGCCGCCGCCCGUAGCGGGCGCACCGCCGCCGGUACUCCUCCAUGAUGUGGCCACGCAUCGUUUGCUCAUGUCCUGCAUUACCAAAAUUUUUGUGAUAAUCGGUUGCGUGCACGGGUGCGGCACGGAGUCGGGGGUGCCGGCGGCCGGCCUGAGCAGCCGCGGCAACCCCAGCGAGUACAUGCGGCGGCAGGCCUACGCCAGCUUCCACCGGCUGCAGGCCGUCAACGAGCCGGAAGCCAAGCGCUUCUUCCGCGCCAUCCUCACCAAGCAGGAACUGCGCCACAUUGUCGCGUUCUGCCACGCCUUCUUCGGCUAGCCGGCGCUGGGGCUCCGUGGCCAGCACCUCGGGGAUGACCUCUCACCAGAGUAUCCAAUCCUUUGCCGACCACGGCCAGAUUAUGGAGCUGCAGGCGCAAAGCGGCAGCCAGACGCCAACAACCCCGUCGAUGUCGCAGCGGAAGCUGCACAUCUUCCGCAAAGGGUCGCACUACGCCGGUCUGAGUCGGAUGAGCAAAUCGACCAUUCUGGAGAAGAAUGCCUCGCUGGAGUCCAUCAACAAGCUGCGCCACGAGAGCACCACGGAGAGCAAGGAGAAGGAGCGCGCUGAGGCCUCCGCGGGGGGCGGGGCCAAGGCGGAGGAGCUGCACUACUACCCGCGCGAGCUCAGCGCCAUGUCGCGCUACCUGAAGCAGCACGUGCUCAGCCUCUUCGCGGCCCCCUUCGGGGCGCUGGCCAAGGGGCUGAUGGUGAUGGACGAGAAGCAGCUGGAGCGCAUGUUCCCCCUCUGCUGGGAACUGCUCUUGGUCGACGACGAGGAAGUGGCUUCAACCACCGCUGUCUUAUGCGUCGUGUGCUCAGUCAAGAUCAGCAAGUUCGUCACCGAUUGUCUGCGGAAAGGGAUGAACCACGAAGAGGCCGAGGAGCGGGUGGAUUCCAUACUCAAGUUUCAGGCGUUGUGGCGUUACCGUUGCCAAGUGUGGAUCCGGCUGGAUGACGGCGCGCAGGCCAUCAUGCGCGUCAGCCACGCCCUCAACAUCGACUACACCCUCCCCUCGCCGCUGAUCGGCCGGCCCUACGUCGACUGCCCCGACGCGCCCUGGCUGCCGCCCACCUCCAUCAAGAUCGAGGAAGUGGCCAUCAGCCAGGAGGAACAGUCCAAAAACUCCAACACGCUGGUGGCCGCCACCCAGACGCGCCGCAAACAGCUGCAGGAGUCGAUGAACAAGGCCCUGCGCGCCCAGGAAGAGCGCAACCAGCGCGAACGCGAACGGGUCAAGGUCAGCAUGCUGCCGGUGCUCAAGAUGGCCGCCAUCGAGCCCGUACCGCACCAAGUGGCCGACGAGCGUGAGGUUGAAGUGGACGAGAACGGGAAGAUCGCUGACACCGGCACGGUGGCCACGCACACCCUCACCUCGCUACCGGUGUUCCCCACGGCGCUGGGCACGGCCAUUCUGCAGCUGGUCGAUCUGCUGGACGACGUCGGUGUCGACAAUUGCGGCAUUUUUGAUCGUCCCUCGGUCGACGGGAUCUCUUUCAAGGAGAUCAAGACCAUCCUGCGCCGCGAACAGUGCGACGCCCACCUCCUCCUCACCGCCAACGUCCCCGGCGCCAAGAAGGUCAUCGUCCACGGCCCCGAUCUCACCCAGAUCCCUCGCAGAUCCCGUCAGCGAGGACACCCAGUUCAGGAACUCUUAACCGAAGCGCUGGAUUUCUUCUCCAUUUCCACGAACGACGGGAGAAUUAUAUUCUAUGUGACCAGCGCACGGGAGGGCGCACCAUCCCAGUGGGUACGUGCGAGAUGUGUACUUCUUCCGAAGGAGCUACUAUCCGCAACUGAACCUGAUGCGGUCGCCGGGGACGGAGGGCUUCUCAAGCUGCAGCUGCAGGCCUACCAUAAUUUGUUUCUGGAGGCACAGAAGGUCUUCCUGGUGCAUAGUCUGUUUCUGAGUGCGCAGGAAUGCGAUGCAUGUCAAGUUCCAGGAGUAACCGUUCGGGUCAGAGUAUCUGGGGAUUGA